AUGGCGUUCCUAGAUCGAGCUUCUCCUGGUCUCAGGGAAAUCCUCCUCAAACUCUAUCGUGCUGAGAAGCCCUUGGAGAUUGAUCAUCACAUAUAUGUUGGAUCAGUGGAAUACCAUAUUCAGUCUCAUGCCUCAAGUCCUCAAGUAGCAUUAUUGUCAAUAUCUGUGCCGCCACUUUGCCAAGGACCGCAAUCAGAUCAACUGUCAAGUUACACCAUCCAAAAGGUAAAGGGGCUUUGCCCGGAGGCUUUGGAGGUUGUUGAUCCUCCUAAGGCAGGAUACCAGCUUAGUCUCAACCUUAGCCUCAAUCUCAUUCCCCCGGCAAUAGACCAUGUUAAAAUCAUCAGAGAGAUUUCCACAAUUCAAUCAGUAGUUCUAAGUUCUCAGCUGAAAGAAAUGCUACAAAAUGUUGAUUCUCAUGAUGCAAAUAAGGGAAUGUACAAACCCUUCAAAUUUGUCUACCAUCCAAAAGAACCUUUCUUUCUCAUCAAGCAGCCGCAAAGAAUCAUAGCAAUAUUCCCAAUUCGUUUUAGAGAAAACACAGAUGUGAUUAUUGCAACAGCUUUCUUUCAGGAACUUAUGGAUGUUGGAAACACAGACAAAUGGGCCAAGGCACCACGAUGCACUUGGUCAGCCAUUCCUCCUCCAGAAUUAAGGGGAGAAGCACUUGAGGAUUUGAGUACCAAUGGAGGGUUUGUAACUUUUGAUAUCUCUUCACGCCAUGUCGAAGGCAAAAAACUAGACAAGAUUCUAUGGAAUUUAUUAAAUUUUAACGCAUAUGUGAGGUAUCAUGUAAAGAGCACCAAAGGUUACAUUCAAAGAAGAAUGAGGAAGAAGUUAGAAAGUUUGGUUGAGGUUCUACACCCUACAAGCUCAGAAGAAAGCAAACUACCCAAACAACCUGAAGGGUGUAGGUACAUGAAGAAACUAGUAAGAUCAUCUAAAAGAAAAAUCCUGAAACAAAGAUGGGGUGGUUUUGGCGGACAGAUAAAACGACUUCGUUCAAGACUUAAAAUCCAUGGAUUUGGAAGAUUUCGUCAGAAGUGGCUGAGGAUCCCAAAAUUUUCAUCAAAGGCAUAUACAAAAUUAGAGUUCAAGCAAAGAUCUAGUAGUAGAUGAGGAAAGAAGAAAAGCUAGGGGUUAUCUUGUAAUUUGUAAAUAACUGCAACCCCUUUCUUUUGAUUAAGUACAAUGUAAUGUAUUUAGGUUAGGGUGCCAGUAAGAUGUGACUAUAUAUA